AUGUCUGAGAAGAAAGAUAUCGCACGAGCACCGCCUUACGACGAGGGCGAGCAGGGCGAACUAUACGGUGUGAAGACGAAUCCUGCGACCCAGGGCGAUGCUGUUUUUGGCGAGGUCUCAGAAGAUGGUCCCAACUUCAAAAGUUUAGGAUGGAUUGGCGCGGCCGGCCUCAUGACGAAGGCCUCGAUAGGCCUCGGUGUCCUGUCCAUUCCCACCGUAUUCGACACAUUGGGCAUAGUACCGGGCAUCAUCUGCCUGGUCGCGGUAGGGACCAUCAUAACGUGGUCCGGCUACGUGGUAGGCACCUUCAAGCGUGCCCAUCCCGAGGUCUACGGUGUCGACGAUGCCGGGGCUCUGAUGUUUGGUCGCAUCGGACGUGAAGUAUUCGGCGCCGCGUUCUGCCUAUGUAUGUGGAUAUCACCUCCGUCUCACACGCCUACUGUUCCGCGAGCUCCCUCUGCUUACACAAAGUCACUGCCAGAUUGGACCUUCAUCGCCGGCUCCGGUAUGCUCAGUGUCUCCAUCGGCUUGAACGCAGUCUCGAGCCACGCAACAUGCACAGCCGUCUUCGUGGUCGUUGGCGCCAUCGUGGGCUUCCUCUUCGCCAGCAUCCGGACCCUCGGCAAGAUGAGUUGGCUCGCCUGGGUCGGCGUCGGCACCAUCAUCGCUUCGAUCCUUAUCCUCGCUAUCGCUGUCGGCGUCCAGGAACGACCUGCUGCUGCACCACAGGAGGGCGUGUGGGUCUCUGACUUCAAGAUAACCAACACGCCCGACUUUGCCGGUGCCGUCUCCGCCGUGUCGUCUCUGAUCUUCGCCUUCGGCGGCAUUCCCGCCUACUUCAACAUCCAGGCUGAGAUGAGGGACCCGCGUCUUUACACUCGAUCGCUGAUCCUGUGCCAGUCCACCGUGUCUGCGGUGUAUAUCACAAUCGGUGUCGUGGUGUACUACUACUGCGGGUCUUAUGUCGCCUCACCUGCCUUGGGCUCGGCCGGUCACACCAUGAAGAAGGUGUGCUAUGGUGUCGCCCUCCCUGGAUUGUUCGUCUCGACAAUCCUCACCACUCACCUGCCGGCCAAGUACGUUUUCAUGCGUGUGCUUCGCGGAAGCAGGCACCUGACCACCAACACCGUGGUCCACUGGGGAACCUGGAUUGGAUGCACCCUCGGCACGACGGUUGUGGCCUACGUUAUCGCCAGUGGUAUCCCGGUCUUCGACGGACUCGUCUCCUUGGUCGGGGCCCUUCUUGGCACCCUCAUGUCAUUCCAGCCCAUGGGCUGCAUGUGGCUGUACGACAACUGGUCCCAGGGCAAGGCUGAACGCUCAGUCAGGUGGAUUCUGAUGGUCUGCGUCAGCGUGUUCGUGAUCGUGUCAGGGACCUUCCUGAUGAUUGCUGGCACGUACGGCUCGGCCGUGGGCAUCGCCAACACCUACAAGGAGACGGGCGGGUCAGCUGCAUGGUCUUGUGCUGAUAACUCAAAAUCGUGA